UGCAAUUUGACAACACAGCGUGCCGAAACGUUGACAUUUCGUUAAAAAAUAAUUGUAUAUUAAUUAAUGUAAUAAACGUACUUUUUUGCAACGUUUAACUAUAAUUAAUUUGUAUAAUGUACAGUGUAUAAUAAGUUUUAAUUUAUAAAAAGAAAUAAUGGCUGAUUCUAGUGAAAAUUCCUUAGCACUUUUACAAAAUGAAGAGGAUUUACCAUAUGAGGAGGAAAUAUUACGAAAUCCUUUUUCGGUGAAACAUUGGCAGAGAUAUAUUGAUCAUUUAAAAGCAACAAAGAGUCCAAAUUUGAAUAUUGUUUACGAACGAGCCCUCAAAGAACUACCAGGAAGUUAUAAAUUGUGGAAUAAUUAUCUUCGACUAAGACUAAAAAAAUUGAAGGAUCAAGUUAAAGGAAAUAUACAACAUCCACUUUACGAGGAUGUUGGCAAUGCUUUUGAACGAGCAUUGGUGUGGAUGCAUAAAAUGCCACGAAUAUGGAUAAAUUAUUGUAUUUUUAUGACUGAACAGGGUUUUAUAACACAAACUCGUCAUGUUUUUGAUAAAGCACUAAGGGCAUUGCCCAUUACCCAACAUCAUAGAAUUUGGCCACUUUAUUUAAAUUUUGUGAAAAUGCAUAAUAUUCCCGAGACUGCUGUAAGAGUUUUUCGAAGAUAUCUAAAGAUGGCACCAGAAGAUACGGAGGAUUAUAUCGAAUAUUUAAUAUCAAUAGAUCGAUUGGACGAAUCAGCAACUCAACUUGCUCAUAUUGUUAAUCAAGAUGAUUUUGUUUCAAAGCAUGGAAAAUCAAAACAUCAAUUAUGGUCCGAAUUGUGCGAUUUAAUAUCAAAACAUCCAACGCAAAUAAAAACACUAAAUGUUGAUGCAAUAAUUAGAGGUGGUCUUCGACGUUAUACAGAUUCAUUGGGUUCAUUAUGGAAUUCCCUUGCUGAUUAUUAUAUUCGUAGUGGACUUUUUGAAAGGGCGAGAGAUAUUUACGAGGAGGCUAUACAAACAGUAAAAACAGUGAGAGAUUUCACUCAAGUUUUCGAUGCAUACGCACAAUUUGAAGAAUUAAGUUACAAAAAAGUUUUAGAAGAAAAUGUCAAUAAUUUGAAUCUAACUGAAGAAGACGAAAUAGAAGAAGAAUUAAGACUUGCUCGUUAUGAAAAUCUACUUGAGAGACGAUUAUUGUUACUUAAUUCGGUAAUGUUGAGACAAAAUCCUCACAAUGUACAAGAAUGGCAUAAACGUGUUACACUUUACGAGGGAGAACCGCACGAGAUUAUCAAUACAUAUACAGAGGCAGUGAGUACAGUUCAACCAGAAUUGGCUGUUGGAAAAUUACACACAUUAUGGGUGGAAUUUGCAAAGUUUUAUGAGAAUAAUUCUCAAAUACCGGACGCGAGAGUUGUAUUUGAAAAAGCAACUCUCGUACAAUAUUUAAAAGUCGACGAUCUCGCUUCCGUUUGGUGUGAAUGGGCAGAAAUGGAAAUUAGACACAACAAUAUAGCAGAAGCCUUGAGGCUCAUGCAACGCGCUACUGCAAUGCCAUCACGAAAAGUUGCCUAUCACGACGAAAAUGAAUCGGUUCAAAUGAGAUUAUAUAAAUCAUUAAAAGUUUGGUCCAUGUAUGCGGAUCUUGAAGAGAGCUUUGGAACAUUUAAAAUGUGUAAAGCGGUUUAUGACAAAAUAAUCGAUUUAAAAAUAGCAACCCCUCAAAUUAUUAUAAACUACGGUGUCUUUUUGGAGGAAAACAAUUAUUUCGAAGAAGCUUUCAGAGCUUACGAAAAAGGAAUUGCUCUCUUUAAAUGGCCGAAUGUUUACGAUAUAUGGAACACAUAUCUUCAAAAGUUUAAAAAACGUUACGAGGGCACAAAAUUGGAACGUAUGCGAGAUUUAUUUGAACAAUGUCUCGAACAUUGUCCACCUAAAUAUGCCAAAAAUUUGUAUUUACUUUAUGCAAAAUUGGAGGAAGAUUAUGGUCUCGCAAGACACGCAAUGUCAGUUUAUGAACGUGCAACAGAUGCUGUUCUUCCUGAGGAAAAAUUCGAGAUGUUCAACGUUUAUAUUCAGAAAGCGGCAAAUAUUUAUGGUGUUCCUCAAACAAGAACAAUUUACGAGAAAGCUAUUGAAGUUCUAAAUGAAGAAAAUUCAAGAGAAAUGUGUUUACGUUUUGCUGAAAUGGAAACAAAAUUAGGCGAAGUCGAUCGUUCGAGAGCAAUUUAUGCAUUUUGUUCACAAAUGUGCGAUCCUCGGACAACAUCGAACUUUUGGCAAGUCUGGAAGGAAUUUGAGGUUCGUCAUGGAAAUGAGGACACAAUGCGUGAAAUGUUGAGAAUAAAACGUAGCGUUCAAGCUAAAUACAAUACAAAUGUGAAUAUGAUGGCUGCACAAAUACAAAAUAGUGCCACGAAUCAAAUCACUGAACCAAUGGAUGCAAUGCGUUUAUUAGACAGCAAAGUAUCGGAAAUGCCUCCACCACCGGGACCUAAGAAUACAAUUAAAUUUAUACGCGGCGCAACAGAAGGUGGAAAAACAACAGAACCACAAGUUACGAAUCCUGAUGAAAUUGAUAUUGACAUGGAUAUGGACAAUGAUGAUGAUGAUGACAAUGAUAAUGACGAGGGAGAUGAAAAUGGUCCCGAAACGGAAGAUAUUCCAGUAGAAAAACAAAUUAUACCAUCUGAAGUGUUUGGCAGUCUACGAAAAAAAGAUGAUGAUGACGAUGACGAUAAUUCAUAAAUAGUAAAAGUAAAUAUUUUUCAAUAAAGCGUUUUUUUUUUUAA